AUGGCCGCGCUGUACGUGGGCGACCUGCACCUGGACGUGACCGAGGCCAUGCUCUAUGAGAGGCUGAGCCGCGUCGGGGUCAUCCUGUCCAUCCGGGUGUGUCGGGACAUGAUGACCGGCCGCUCCCUGGGCUACGCCUGCGUUAACUUCCAGCAGCUUGCAGACGCUGAACAUGCACUGGACACGAUGAACUUUGACCUGAUAAAGGGAAAGCCCAUGCGCAUCAUGUGGUGGCAGCGGGACCCCUCGCUGAGGAAGAGUGGCGUGGGCAACAUCUUUGUCAAGAACCUGGACAAGUCCAUAGACAACAAUGUCCUGUAUGACAUCUUUUCCUUUUUUGGCAACAUCCUAUCUGGCAAGGUGGUGUGUGAUGAGAACGGCUCUAAAGGCUACGGCUUCGUGCACUUUGAGACUCAGGAGUCGGCCGAGAGAGCUAUUGUGGAAAUGAACGGCAAGCUGCUCAAGGACCGAAAAGUAUUUGUGGGCCACUUCAAAUCCCUCAAAGAGCGUAAGGCUGAACUCGCCACCCGGGCCAAAGAAUUUACAAAUGUUUACGUCAAAAACUUUGGUGAAGACGUGGAUGAGAGGAAACUGAGGGCCUUUUUCAAUAGAUAUGGAAGCAUAGCCAGUGUCCGCAUCAUGAGGGACGAGAGCGGGUUGUGUCGCGGAUUCGGCUUUGUCAGCUUCGAGAGGCAUGAGGACGCCCAGAGGGCAGUGGAUGAGAUGAACGGGAAGGAGUUGCAUGGCAGGACGAUCUAUGUCAACCGUGCCCAAAAGAAGAUGGAGCGUGAGGCUGAGCUGCAGAGUAAUUUUGAACAGAUGAAGCAAGAGCGCUUCUCCCGCUACCAAGGCGUCAACUUAUAUGUGAAGAACCUCGACGAUGGCAUCGACGACGACCGCCUGCGAAAAGAGUUUGCGCCAUUUGGUAUUAUAACUAGCGCCAAGGUGAUGACCGACGGCGGACACAGCAGGGGCUUCGGCUUCGUCUGCUUCUCCUCCCCGGAGGAGGCCAGCAAGGCAGUGGCGGAAAUGAGCGGGCGCAUGUUGGGCACCCAGCAACUGUACGUGGCCCUGGCCCAGCGGAAAGAGGAGCGGCAGGUGUAUCUCAGCAACCAGUACAUGCGGCGCAUGGCCAGUGUGCGGUCCGGCCAGGUCAUCAACCCCUACCAGGCAAUGCCGGGCGCUGGCUACUACAUUGCAACGCCGAUAGCACAGCCGCAAAGCCGCGCUCCUUACUUUCCAGCCGCCGCCCAGAUGACCCAGCUUUGCCCGAGCCCACGCUGGACCACUCCAGACUACCAGAACCACCCUGGUGCCAUGCACCCGUCCGCACCAAGCCCCCCGGCCUUUAACAGCCUACGCCCUGCCUCCCAAGUGCCUCGUAUCAUGGCCAGCCAGCGUGUAGGAACUCAGACUCUCAGCCCGCGGCCCACCUCACCAGUCACCCCCUUGUAUGGCAUCCCUCAGUACAAAUACCCUGGAGCCGCCCACAGCCCUCAGGAUCACGUGCAACAUGUUCAACCGCAAGGGGAGAUGUCGGUGCAGCAGCCCGCCGUCCACGCUCAGGUGCAGAAGCCUUUGACUGCAACCGUGCUGGCUGCUGCGCCUCCAUUGGAGCAGAAGCAGAUGCUGGGUGAGUGUUUAUUCCCACUCAUACAGAACAUGUAUCAACACCUGGCAGGGAAGAUCACCGGCAUGCUGCUGGAAAUCGACAACUCUGAACUGCUCCACAUGCUGGAGUCACCUGAGUCUCUCCGCUCAAAGGUGGGCGAGGCCGUGGCGGUGCUUGAGGCCCACCAGGCCAAGGAGUUGACCCGAAAGACCUACUGA